AUGUCUGGCAGCAGUCCCGGGGCCCAUUUACCGGUCCACCCAAAACGAAUCCCAUACUGGCACCUCCUCACCGACCAUGGAGCAAUCACCCAAGAUAUCCUAGACUACGAAUAUACCGGCUCCGGCACAGAAGCAGAUCCCUACGCAGUAGCAUGGAUCCCCAACGACAGCCGUAAUCCCCAACUCUUCAGCAGCGCGCGCAAGAUCUCAAUUACCCUCACCGUCGCCUUUGCCAGUUUGAUCGUCUCGCUGGCAUCAUCCGCGUACAGCGGGAGUAUCCACGAGAUCAUCGCUGAUUUCAAGAUCAGCACGCCCGUCGCAACGCUUGGUUUAUCAUUGUAUGUAUUAGGUUUUGCGAUCGGACCGUUAUGCUGGGCGCCCGUGGGCGAAGUCUAUGGUCGACAGGUAUCAUUUUUUAUCAGUUUGCUCUUUAUGGCUGCUUUUCUGGCUGGGUGUGCCGGGGCACGGAAUAUCUGGACUCUGUGUAUUCUUCGUUUCUUUGCGGGAUCGUUUGGUUCGGCGCCGUUGACUAAUGGCGGUGGAACUAUUUCGGAUAUUUUCUCGGCGAGGCAACGGGGUCUGGGGUUGAGUUUAUAUGCUGCGGCGCCUUUUUUGGGGCCUUCGUUGGGUCCUAUUAUUGGUGGUUUUCUUGGGAUGAAGGCUGGGUGGCGGUGGGUGGAGGGUUUUCUUGCUGCGACUGCUGGGUUUGUCUGGCUGGUAUCGACUCUGUUGACUCCGGAGACUUAUGCACCGGUACUCUUGCGAAAGCGUGCGGAGCGACUCUCGAGGAUAACGGGGAAGGUCUAUCGCAGUAAGAUCGAGCUGGAGAAGGGUCCCGUUACGACUGCGGAGUUAUUGAGGAAAACACUAUCCAGACCCUGGGUUCUACUGUUCAAAGAACCCAUCGUCCUGCUUUCUGCAGUCUACGUCGCGCUGGUAUACGGUACUCUGUACAUGUUCUUCGCGGCAUUCCCGAUUGUAUUUGAACAAGUCCGCGGAUGGAAUCCCGGCGUGGGAGGUCUUUCCUUCCUGGGUAUUAUGGUUGGUAUGAUCAUCGGGAUUAUAUGCACGAUCCCCGCGAAUCUGCACUAUACAAAAGUCCAAAGUCAACGUGGAGGAUAUGCACCCCCUGAAACCCGACUGAUUAUGUGUAUGCCGGGAGCCCUGGCAAUUCCAAUCAGCCAGUUCUGGUUCGCAUGGACGAACUAUACCUCGAUUCACUGGACUGUUUGCAUCAUCGGUACGGCACCGUUUGGCAUGGGUGUUAUCCUGAUUUAUAUGGGGUGUAUGAACUACCUAAUCGACUCGUACACGAUCUAUGCCGCGUCCGUGUUAGCUGCAAAUGCAGUUCUUCGGUCGAUCUUCGGUGCCGUUUUACCUAUCGUGUCAACUUGGAUGUACGAUGCAGUGGGAAUCCACUGGGCUCCAUCAAUUCCUGCAUUUAUCUCGCUCCUCUUCCUGCCCUUCCCGUUCUUCUUCUACAAAUACGGCGCUGCAGUGCGCGCAAAAUGCAAAUAUGCCGCUGAGUCCGAUCAGUAUAUGAAGAAACUGGCGGAGAAUAGCAUCGAGGAAAAGAAGAAGAGGGCAUCAACCGCGGAACCUGAGGCAUCACCAUCACACGAGAUUCCUACCAUGGAAAUGGAGCGUGUGGCUACUGUGCAGUCGAUCUAA